UUACUAGGGUGAUGAAAUUCCCAAGCAACACCAUCCUUUUCAGAUAAGGGAACUGAGGCCGAGAGAGGAACUGAAACCCACCCAGAGUCACCACACACAGGUGGCAAGGCUGGGACCAGAAACCAGGACUGGUGACUGCAGCCGGGUAUUCAUUCUUUCCACAGCCCAGAGGGCUGUCAAAGACCCCAGGGCCUGGUCAGAGGCACCUCCUUCCUGGAGAGUUCCUGGCACAGGAGUUGAGGCUCAGCACAGUCCCCUAACCCCCAACUCUCUCUGCAAGGCCUCAGGGGUCAGAACACUGGUGGAGCAGAUGCUUCGGCCUCUGGAUUUUAGGGCCAUGGUAGAGGGGGUGUUGCCCUAAAUUCCAGCCCUGGUCUCAGUCCAACGGCCUCCAAGAAGAAAUUAGAGGGGCCGUAGCCAGGCUGUGCUGGCCGUUGCUUCUGAGCAGAUUACAAGGAGGGACCGAGACAAGGACUCCUUUGUGGAGGCCCUGGCUUAGGGAGUCAAGUGACGGCUCAGCACUCACGUGGGCAGUGCUAGCCUCUAAAAGUGGGCAGGGGCACUGGCCAGAGAGUCCCAGGGAGUCCCACCAGCCUAGUGGCCAGACCUUCUGUGGGAUCACCGGAUCCACCUGGAACCCCACCUGUGAGUACAAGGUGCCCCAGGUGGACUGGGCUGGGGCUUUGAGGCCUUCAGGGUUGGAUGGCCAUCUUGCAUAUGUGUGUGGGAUGUGCACACACAGGCAGCACAUGCGUGGGUGUGUGGGCACCUGUGUGUCUGUGCAAAGGCCCUGAGGUGGGAAUGAGCUUGGUGUGCAUCAGGCACAGCCAGCCAGUGUGGCUGCAGCAAAACACAUAGGGAAAGAAUGGAGGGGACAUCAAUCACUGCUUCAGUAAAUUUUCAUCGAGCGCCUUCUAUGAGAACACAAGAGGAGAUUCCAUUGUGAGGAGGAAACAGGCAGUAAACAGGCAGAUAUCCUGUAUAAUUUCAAGUAGUGAUAAGUGCUCUCUAGAAAUGUCAAGCAAGGUGAGGAGACAGAGAGCACCGGCGGCAGUGGGCUCUAUUUCCAGGACCCAAGCCCACCUGCUGCAGCCAAGUGCCUGGCCAUGACCAUCACCUACACGAGCCAAGUGGCUAAUGCCCGCUUAGGCUCCUUCUCCCGCCUGCUGCUGUGCUGGCGGGGCAGCAUCUACAAGCUGCUGUAUGGCGAGUUCUUCAUCUUCCUGCUCUGCUACUACAUCAUCCGCUUUAUUUAUAGGCUGGCCCUCACAGAAGAGCAACAGCUGAUGUUUGAGAAGCUGACUCUGUAUUGCGACAGCUACAUCCAGCUCAUCCCCAUUUCCUUCGUGCUGGGCUUCUACGUGACGCUGGUCGUGACCCGCUGGUGGAACCAGUACGAGAACCUGCCGUGGCCCGACCGCCUCAUGAGCUUGGUGUCGGGCUUCGUCGAAGGCAAGGACGAGCAAGGCCGGCUGCUGCGGCGCACGCUCAUCCGCUACGCCAACCUGGGCAACGUGCUCAUCUUGCGCAGCGUCAGCACCGCGGUCUACAAGCGCUUCCCCAGCGCCCAGCACCUGGUGCAAGCAGGCUUUAUGACCCCGGCAGAACACAAGCAGUUGGAGAAGCUGAGCUUACCACACAACAUGUUCUGGGUGCCCUGGGUGUGGUUUGCCAACCUGUCAAUGAAGGCGUGGCUUGGAGGUCGAAUCCGGGACCCUAUCCUGCUCCAGAGCCUGCUGAACGAGAUGAACACCUUGCGCACUCAGUGUGGACACCUGUAUGCCUACGACUGGAUUAGUAUUCCACUGGUGUAUACACAGGUGGUGACUGUGGCGGUGUACAGCUUCUUCCUGACUUGUCUAGUUGGGCGGCAGUUUCUGAACCCGGCCAAGGCCUACCCUGGCCAUGAGCUGGACCUCGUUGUGCCCGUCUUCACAUUCCUGCAGUUCUUCUUCUAUGUUGGCUGGUUGAAGGUGGCAGAGCAGCUCAUCAACCCGUUUGGAGAGGACGAUGAUGAUUUUGAGACCAACUGGAUUGUCGACAGGAAUUUGCAGGUGUCCCUGCUGGCUGUGGAUGAGAUGCACCAGGACCUGCCUCGGAUGGAGCCAGACAUGUACUGGAAUGAGCCUGAGCCACACCCCCCCUACACAGCUGCUUCCGCCCAGUUCCGUCGAGCCUCCUUUAUGGGCUCCACCUUCAACAUCAGCCUGAACAAAGAGGAGAUGGAGUUUCAGCCCAAUCAGGAGGACGAAGAGGACGCUCACACUGGCAUCAUUGGCCGCUUCCUAGGGCUGCAGUCCCAUGAUCACCAUCCUCCCAGGGCAAACUCAAGGACCAAACUACUGUGGCCCAAGAGGGAAUCCCUUCUCCACGAGGGCCUGCCCAAAAACCACAAGGCAGUCAAACAGAACGUUAGGGGCCAGGAAGACAACAAGGCCUGGAAGCUUAAAGCUGUAGACGCCUUCAAGUCUGCCCCACUGUAUCAGAGGCCAGGCUACUACAGUGCCCCACAGACGCCCCUCAGCCCCACUCCCAUGUUCUUCCCCCCAGAACCAUCAGUGCUGUCAAGGCUUCACAGUGUCACAGGCAUAGACACCAAAGACAAAAGCCUAAAGACUGUGAGUUCUGGGGCCAAGAACAGUUCUGAAUUGCUCUCAGGGAGCGAUGGGGCCUUGAUGGAGCACUCAGAAGUAUCUCACGUGAGGAGGAAAACCGUGGAGUUUAACCUGACGGAUAUGCCAGAGAUCCCCGAAAAUCAUCUCAAAAAACCUUUGGAACUAUCAACAACCAACAUACACGCUACACUAAAAGAUCACGUGGAUCCUUAUUGGGCCUUGGAAAACAGGUCUGUCCUCCACCCGAACCAGGGGCACUGUAUUGCCUUGUGCCCCACCCCAGCUUCCCUUGCUCUGAAGCUACCCUUCCUCCACAAUUUCCUAGGGUUCCAUCACUGCCAGAGCACGCUGGACCUACGCCCAGCACUGGCUUGGGGUAUAUACUUGGCCACCUCCACAGGGGUCCUAGGGAAGUGAUCGGGACCUUUUCUCACUUCACCCAAGAGCCUGGUAUCAGCAGGAAGACUUCUAGGGAGCAGGUGAAGGCAGCUGAGGUUGUGCUGACCAGAGCGCUGCUAGAGAACUGUCCCAGGGCUGACAGGCCAGGUUUAGCUGAACAGAUGUUAGCACUGGCCCCAACUUACUUUGAGCAAGGGUGGCUGACCUAAAACCAUGGGGUGGCAGUCAGCUGGAUGACAGAUGAACACUUCCCCAUAACCAUUUAGGGUAGUACCCAAGCACUAGUGAUGGUGACAUUGAGGGUGUCCGGGGCCCUUAGGUCAUUUUCUCACUGCCUGGGGCACCUCACCAAAAUACUUCACGCUUCCUUGGGGUCAGCCCAAAGCUGUCACAAAAUCAGAUGUUUCCCUUUAUUCCAGAUUUCCUGGGCACUUUCACCCAACUGGAAACACCCCACUUCAGCCCCAAUCAUGAGGGGAGGAAGUGUAUAACUUCCCUUUUCUGGAUUCUCAAGCAGUUACUUUCAGUCAGAACACCCAGCUAUUAUAAUUGAAAACUUAAAAGGGCAACAGUUUUCAGUCUUGCUUCUAGGGCUAGACAGGAACUUGGCAAACAUCUGUGGCUUGUUUAGCAAAGGAUGUUAUUUCAGAAUCUUGUCUUGGGCUGGGUGUGGAGGCAGGCAGAUCAUGUGAGGUCAGGAGUUUGAGACCAACCUAGCCAACACGAAACCCUACCAAAAUAAUACAAAAAUCAGCUGGGUGUUGUGGCAUGUGCCUGUGGUCCCAACUCAGGAGGAUGAGGGGAGAAUUGCUUGAACAGGAGGCGGAGGUUGCACUGAGACUGAGCAACUGCACUCCAGCCUGGGCGAUGGAGUGAGACCCUGUCUCAAAAAAAAAAAAAAAAAAAAAAGAAUCCUCUCAACCUUUGUUCUCCUACUGCAACAUUUUAGUAUUUGAAAUGAAGGUUCCUUCCAUAUUCACACUGUUAAUUCUCUCCCAUUCUCACUAGGGAUGAAGCACAUUCCUAACGUGCUUCCCAACGGGGAUGCUUCGCCAGCCAGGUCCUCUCCGGUGUGUACACCAGCAGGACACCGAUCCAGUCACAGCCAUACAGCUGUCCACACUGAAGAGCAUGUCCUAUGACAGCCUGAAUCAAAUGGUUAGUUUAAUAGAUAAAAUCAGCAGUCCAGGACUACUUCAGCCUUUAAUGCCUUUCAUUCAUAAAAAUUGUGAAAGCUAGACUGAACCAUCGGAAACAUUUAGCUCAGACACUGGAUUGAGAGUCAGGAACCCUUAAUCCUGUCUGAAUCCAAGACAGCCAUACCUUAGUAUACUGCCCAAACUAAGGCGUUUAAUAAAUACAAAUACUCUGUU